AGUUUUAACUGAGUUUUUCUCCGGCUCACAUUGAAAAUUGGCGAAGCGAUGAAGUUCUUAUGGAUUGUAUUCCUAUUAUCCUGGUUUGAUUCGCCGCUUAUCAAUGGAGCCUGUAUAAAUUAUCCUGAUUUUCCGAAUGGAAAUACAACGGUCCGGCAAGGGAAUCAUGUGCUUUUCCAAUGCCAUAAAGGAUAUAAACUGCAAGGAAGACCUAUAUUCACUGCAAAUUUUGAUGGAGUUUUGAGAGGGAUAAUGCCCUUCUGUAGCAAGGCUGGAUGUAAAACGCCUAAUCAACCGUCAAACGGCAUACUAAGCAUUUAUGAUGGUUUGAAAGCGGUAGCCAAGUGUAAGGAUAAUUAUGUUUUGUUUGGAUAUGGGGUAGCCUACUGUAAUGGGACUCAAUGGAGCAAUGAGCUUGGAUAUUGUCAAAAACCCAAUCGAACAGACUAUUCUUGUGGCUUUGAGACUGAAGAUUUGUGUGGUUGGACAACGUCUGAGGUUGCCUCCUCCUACCCUUGGAAGAGGGUCAGCAAUAAGGAAUACUUCCCUUCCAAGUCCUCUUCCAAAAAAUUCGUCAAUCUUGAGAAAGGACACUUUAUGCGUGUGGAACCGGAGACUGAUACAAGAUCGACCUCUGUACUGACAUCUCCCAUUUAUCCCAGAUCACUUAGCGCUGAGUCCAGUUGCUGUUUCGGUUUUCAGUACUUUAUUUGUGGACAUAACCAUGGGUAUUCUCCUCAAUUGGAGAUGCAUGUGAAACUGGUUCCCAAGAUUGAAAAUAAAGUUGUAGUACGCUCAAUCCCCAGGUCUCGCAUAUGGAAGUUUUCGAAUCCAAAAAUAGGAGAGUGGGUUCAGGAUGCUGCUAUAAUUCCAGAGUUGAAAUAUGAUUUUCAAGUCACCAUCACGGCUGAAAACUCUGGUUUAAAAUUAUGGGAUAUGGCCAUUGAUAAUGUGACACUAUUGACUGGUAAUGAUUGUUGGGAUAUGUUUAGUAAUUUGAAAAAAAAUUCAAUCGAAUGUACUGAUGAUGACAGUAACGAAAAUUCAGCAGACUAUUGAGUGUAUCGACAAUGAAUUUUCUCAAAAGAAGUAUUUCGCAGUGAUUUCAUUUUACUUUAUUAUCGUUAACCUUAUAUUCCUAUCCACAUGAAUAAACAAUAUAUACUAUUGCUGUUA